AUGUCCAACUCGAACGUCUUCUUCGAUAUCACCGUUGACGGCAAGCCCCUCGGGCGCGUCGUCUUCAAGCUGUACGACGACGUCGUCCCGAAGACGGCCAGGAACUUCCGCGAGCUCGCCACUGGCGAGCACGGAUUCGGCUUCAAGGGCUCUGCCUUCCACCGCAUCAUCCCCAACUUCAUGCUCCAGGGCGGUGACUUCACCCGCGGCAACGGCACGGGCGGAAAGUCCAUCUAUGGAGAAAAGUUCGAGGAUGAGAACUUCACGCUCAAGCACACCAAGCCUGGUAUCCUUUCGAUGGCGAACGCCGGAAAGAACACCAACGGCUCGCAGUUCUUCAUCACCACGGUCGUCACCUCCUGGCUCGACAAUGCCCACGUCGUUUUCGGCGAGGUCAUUGAGGGCUACGACACCGUUGUAAAGAAGGUCGAGGCCCUUGGCUCCGCUUCUGGUACACCCAAGGCGAAGAUCGUCAUUGCUAACAGCGGUGUCGUCUAA